AUGGCCGUGUUCGGCGAACAGCUCUACUCAUUGAUUGUGUGUUUGCGUCGAAUAUCUGGAGUUCUCGUGAAUUGCGGCCAAAAGCACAACACAAUCACCACUUCCUCCGCAUCUUUGGAUCAAACCAUGAAAACAGGCAUUUGUCGCGCCGUUGUCUUAGAGACGGCGUCACUCAACGGACGCCAAUUGUCACUCAUUGGUCACACUUUGGCCGAAGUGUUGGCUCUGAUGGCCAACGGAUUGGCCGCCACACGACGCCCGAUGUCUCACAUGAUAUUGGAUGCGAUCGACGGCUCCAACACUGUGUCCAUCAUUCCUCUGGUGGACAUCACGUCCGACCACUUCUGGCGCAACCAUUUCGGCAAACUGUCGACACUCGGCCUCAACGGCCGCACAGGUGUGUCGUGGAGAGCGUCGGCCACCGCCGCCAUCGAUGUCUGCGACGGCAUUGGACUCGCCGUAAGACAAAUACAAGUGUCGGCCCGAAAGGGAUCCGAUUCGGGCGUCAAACACGUGGAGUUGACGUACGUUUGCGGUCGACAUAAGGAUCAAGUGAUGCGAGACUUCUGCCGACUGUUUGUCGCGAAACAAAUGGAUUUAUCAUUUCUAACAGUGCUCAAUAUCCUGUGCAUCGCAUCCAAUGGUGAGACCAAUGGUUUCCAGCCCUUAGUGUGCGGGCCGUCCGGCGCUGUCCUCAAUCACCGCUCGGAUCUGGAAAUACCGGAGAAGUUGUUAGCGUUGACUGAACUGCAGACCAUCGAUGGCAGCGGUAUAUCAAUCGACGGCUAUUUCAAGGUUUGGUUACUCGAAGUGAGAGCCACUUCGGAAAAGGUUCGCAUUUAUCUCAACUCGGGAUCUAAUGAAGAGUUUGUCGUUAAAUGCGAUCUCAGAGAAGGGAUUCUUGAUUUGAAUCGUAUGUCUGUUAACCCAAUGAAUGGCAAUCAGAGGGAAUCGUUGCCAUUGAUUCCCAACGUCUUCGAUAUGAAUCGUUGCGAUCUAUUUAUCGCCGGUUUAAUCAAAUACUCGGGUCUUUGCGAUUCAGUCACUUAUGGCAUACCAUAUGUCUUGAGCGCCAACUGUUCGACAGACCUGUCCAUCGAAGAGGUGGCCGACAAUUGGAACCGAUUUCACGGUUUAAUCGAAGUCAUGAAUGAGAAGAAGGCAUUCAUUGUAUUGGAGAUGAAACACAAGUCGUGUCCGAAAGUGUUCUUCGCGUUGAUGUCAACGAUGGACACAAAGACAUUGCUCUUGAAAUCGAUUGCCGCCAAAGAACUACUUUUGCCAUAUUUUCACGACUCUCUCACCGAUAUGUUCUCAAGAAAGCCCUCCAAAGCCGCCGUCCAAUCGGUGGCCAAACAGUUGAAUCGCUUCGAAGGUUGGCCAUUGGAUGACCGUUCAGAAGACAAUGACAUGUCUUGCGGUGAGUUUGGCGACCCGUUUGCCGGUGCGCUCGUCGACCGUCUUCUGGAAGACGUUGACCACCACUCGAUGGUUGCGUUGAGCCGAUUGGCGACACCUGACCGACAACUCGACGAC